AUGCCCGUUGUCGCAGGUCCUGCCCCUGGCGGAGGUGCUGCCGGUCCUUCGACUUUUGACAAGAUGAAAAUGGGUGGUCUGAUGGGUUCCACUGUCGGUGGAAUCAUGGGCUUCAUUAUCGGAACCGUCACUAUCUUCCAGUACGGUGCCGGCCCUAACGGUGUCAUGCGGACACUGGGCAAGUACAUGUUGGGCUCCGGUGCCACUUUUGGCGUGAUCCGUACUGAUGGACCCCGCAACGAUGCCUGGCUCCGUGCCCGCGGCCCUCCUAUGAUGCUUCCUCGUCAAAGCCCCCUGAAGCCUAUGCGCCAAUAA